AUGGUGAAGGAAUUCCAGGAAAGAUGGCCUGCUCUGUUCGAGAUCAGUGAGAUAAAUUCAGAAUUCAAAAGGAUCACCACCGUCCCAUUGCAGUGCAAGUUCCUGUACAGACUGGAUCUCUACUCCGCUAAGCUGAGUGAGCUGUUUCUAAAGAGAGGGGGGCAGUUGGGCCAAAAGCUCAAAAGUCUCAUGGCACCAGUGACCGAUGGUGUCAGUGUGCAUGUGAGGCGGGAGUGCAUCCUAAAGGGACUCUGUGCGUAUAUGGGCGAAGACCACGAACAGCUGGUUCGGGAAUAUAUGGGUGCUACGGUUCACGGUGUGGUUCACGGUGUGGUUCACGGUGACGUUCACGGUGUGGUUCACGGUGUGGUUCACGGUGUGGUUCACGGUGUGGUUCACGGUGUGGUUCACGGUGUGGUUCACGGUGUGUUUCACGGUGUGUUUCACGGUGUGGUUCACGGUGUGGUUCACGGUGUGUUUCACGGUGUGUUUCACGGUGUGGUUCACGGUGUGGUUCACGGUGUGUGUUCACGGUGUGGUUUUCACGGUGUGGUUCACGGUGUGGUUCACGGUGUGUUUCACGGUGUGUUUCACGGUGUGGUUCACGGUGUGGUUCACGGUGUGUUCACGUGGUUCACGGUGUGUUUCACGGUGUGUUUCACGGUGUGUUUCACGGUGUGGUUCACGGUGUGGUUCACGGUGUGUUUCACGGUGUGGUUCACGGUGUGGUUCACGGUGUGGUUCACGGUGUGGUUCACGGUGUGGUUCACGGUGACGUUCACGGUGUGGUUCACGGUGUGGUUCACGGUGUGGUUCACGGUGUGGUUCACGGUGACGUUCACGGUGUGGAAGCACAAGUACAUGGUUUUAGUGGUAGGGGAAACCGGAGCACCUGGAGGAAACCGGAGCACCUGGAGGAAACUGGAGCACUUGGAGGAAACCGGAGCACCUGGAGGAAACCGGAGCACCUGGAGGAAACUGGAGCACUUGGAGGAAACCGGAGCACCUGGAGGAAACCGGAGCACCUGGAGGAAACCGGAACACCUGGAGGAAACCGGUGCACUUGGAGGAAACCGGAGCACCUGGAGGAAACCGGAGCACCUGGAGGAAACUGGAGCACCUGGAGGAAACCAGAGCACCUGGAGGAAACCGGAGCACCUGGAGGAAACCGGAGCACCUGGAGGAAACCGGAGCACCUGGAGGAAACUGGGGCACCUGGAGGAAACCGGAGCACCUGGAGGAAACUGGAGCACCUGGAGGAAACUGGAGCACCUGGAGGAAACUGGAGCACCUGGAGGAAACCGGAGCACCUGGAGGAAACUGGAGCACCUGGAGGAAACCGGAGCACCUGGAGGAAACUGA